GGAAGGACAUCCUUGGUAUCCCAACUUGCCAUGCAGCAAAUCAGCUUGACACAAACCGUUGAUCUCUAUUUCUAAAUGCUAGAGAGUUACACUGGCAGAAGGCCGUGUGCCUACUUUGCCCUGGCAAAUAGCGUCAGAGGGUGAAGAGACGAAUAUAAAAGGAGAGGCUUCUUACUAUCCCUCCACCCCCAUUCUACUUUCGAAUAUUCCCAAGCUUCUCUUUUUCAAUCAAUCAAACACUUCGAUUACACUUUCCAGCAAACCAUCCUACCACAGCAAUGGCCAAUACCAACCCCCCCAACUUCGCCAACCUUCCUAAGGACGAACUCCGAGAGAUUGCUGCUAAAGGUGGCCAUGCCUCCCACGGUGGACAAGUAGCUGAGCCGCAACAACAGGGCCGUCGUUCUGAUGGAACGUUCCUUCCCGGUAGUCAGCUAGCCAAAGACCUUGGGUCCAUUGGAGGUCAUGUCGCUCACGAACACGCCAUCGAGAAUGAGGGUAGAAACCCGGAUGGUACCUUCAAGGCGGGGACUGCUUUGGCGAAAGAACUUGGCGAGAAGGGUGGCCACGCCAGCCAUGACAAUGCCUAACUCUCACAUGCCCUGACAGAUGAGUGAACUAGCACUCCCGAUGGCUGCCAGGAAUGGGAGUUGCAGAUAACGAUUUACCGACGGAGGGCUGAUAGCAAACAAAAAUACAAGGAUU